GAGUACUGAUAGUGAUACAUGUACAUGCAUGACAUGUACAUGCUGUGUAGCAAAUCAGAACGGACGAAAAAGCAUGAUCUUUUAAAGACAGGAUGUCAUUUUUCGAAGGUUUAGGUUCAGCAGUUGAAAAAACCACGGUUGUGCUUGAUAUCGGCGCUGCCUAUACAAAAAUUGGUUUUGCCAAUGAAACAGGGCCACGUGCGAUCAUCGCUUCUUCUGUGAAGCAGCCACGCUCUGGUACAUUAGUCAAAGUAUGGGACUUCUCCAACUCGGAGGAGCUGUAUGAUGUCUUGGUGGACUUUCUCCAUGUGGUGUACUUCCGGCACUUGCUGGUAAAUCCCAGAGACAGACGACUGGUCAUCGUUGAAUCUGUGCUCUGUCCAUCGCAGUUCAGGGAAACUCUGGCCAGAGUUCUCUUCAAGCACUAUGAGGUGCCUUCCAUUCUCUUUGCUCCGUCUCAUCUCCUGGCACUCUUCACCCUCGGCGUCGACACAGCGCUUGUCCUAGACUCUGGCUACUCAGAAACCAUUGUACUACCAGUCUAUGAAGGUGUGCCCAUUAUUAAGGGUGUCCAGGCCCUGCCACUGGGAGCCAGUGCAAUUCACAGCAAUUUGCAAGUGAGACUGUUGGAAGAAGGAGUGGUGAAGGGUGAGGGGAAUGGAGAGAGACCCCUAUCGUCAGUCAUGAGCACCAUCCCCGAGGAGACACUAGAGGACAUCAAAGUGAGAACCUGUUUUGUGACCAACAUGGACCGAAUACAGCUCAUCCAACACAGCAUUCUCCAGUCAGAUCCAAGCAAGAGGCCCGCUCCUCCUGCAGCUGUUGAGUACCCGUUAGAUGGAGGCAAGAUCCUAACUAUCAGCGGAGACAUCAGAGAGACGGCCUGCGAGGUUCUCUUUGAUCAAGAUAACGAGGAAACCUCGGUCGCGACGCUUAUCUUAGACUCCAUUCUCAAGUGUCCGAUUGACAUGCGCCGGACCCUUGCCAGUAACCUGGUGACCGUCGGGGGGACAUCCAUGCUGCAGGGCUUCAACCAUCGCCUGCUGGCUGAGCUGAGGGAGCUCCUGCAGAAGCCACGGUAUAAGGAGGAGCUGGCGGUGGGCAAGUUUAAGAUCCACGAUCCGCCGUCGCAGGCUAACUACACUGCAUGGCUGGGAGGUGCAAUAUUUGGGGCGUUGGAGAUCCUCAGCUACAGGUCUCUGACCAAGGACGCCUAUCUCAAGUUUGGCCGGGUGCCUGAUUGGUGCUCCCUGGACCAGACCCCUCUGGAGGUAGACCCAUUGUCUAAGGACAAGACUCCACGUCGGCUAUUCCGGGAUUCCAUGGACCGUCAGGGCAGCAUAGACAAGUAAUCAGUAGGCUGUGUUUGUGAUGAGGGGGUACGUUUUCAUGACUGUCACUUAACCUAACCCUGCCAGACGCAACACAGUGCAUCAGGUGGAAAAGUCUGGUGCACUUUGAUGCAUUCAGCUACCAACACGAGUGUAUAAACGGCCAGUUUCUGAAACAAUGAGAGCUAAUCCCAUUGACCAAUGCCACAGUUGUAUCCUGCUGCAUUCGGUGACCACAGACUCUGAGGCAGUUAGGCCUUGAGACUUUUGACCUGAUGGAUCUACACUGGGCAGGCGUGUCACUUAGACAAGUGUUGCAUGUUGCUGUGUUUGGCAGGGUUUCUAGACCAAAAACCCCUGGAGAGUUGGAGUUAUAAGCCUGGUUUCCAUAUCAACGUUAAGCUUAUGCGGACUGCGCAGACAGUACGCGGAAUCGUCGGCAAAGUUGAACCGGGUUCAACUUUGUCGAUCGUCUGCGAGAUAGUUUGCAUCUGUCUGGGUUGUCGGUGACAUUUGC